GCACAUCUAACCUCUAAAAAAAAAACAAUACAUGAAUAAAUAAUAAUAGUGUUUUCAACAAAACAGCUUUGCAAAUAAAAUAAAUAUUCUCAGUAGAAGUCAUACGUUAUUGGCAGAAUUCAUUUAAGCUGCUUUUUCUGUUAAAUGCAGCUAAUGUUUAUUGUAUUAUUUACUAGGUAGCAUCCUAGUAGAAAAUAUUUAAAACACCAUUAUAUUUAAUUUAUUAUGGAAAUAUACAGGAACCUAUGUUCUACCAAUGGUAGCAAAAUUUUUGUUCAGCCUUACGCUUACAUUUGUUUUUAUCAUAUAUAAAUUAAAACACUGUCAGUUUACAAGAUUUGAAUCAUUUUGUAAAAAAUGAAAAAAUUACACCAAAUCAAGUCGGUAAUCAUGAAGUAUUAUUCUCGCAAACUGUCACUUAUAUCUUGGAUUACUAUGAGUCUGGGAUAGCAUGAACGUUUCCAAGAAAUAGAUUAAUAAAAUGACAAAGACACGAAUCUUGUGAACGUUUCAUUGACAUCACUUUUUCUAUUGAUUUUAAUACAUUUUGGAUAAUAAAAAAUGUCGCAAACAACAGAAAUAAUACAAACAACUGGAGAAAUUACAGAAGAGGGACACGAAAAAGCUCAAGUCAAUACUCCUUUACAAGUAGUCAGAGUACCCGUGAAACAUGCCAAUCUUGGAAUACGUAGUCAUGCGAUGGACAUGAGUACAAUGGUCGAACUGACAUCAUUCAGUACACUUGGAAAAAUACAACCCUUUUUAGUUACAAUCACAACCACUGCUGCAUUAUUAGUUGAUUUACAUUGUCAUUUAACCGACAAAGAAAUAUGUGGAUAUUUGGGUGGACAUUGGGAUAUUAAUUCUCAUAAUCUAUCCAUAACAUGCGCAUUUCCAUGUCGAUAUUCUGGUAAAGAUAAAUCGGCUGCGGCUGCUGUAGAAGCAGAAAUUGCAAAAGCCAUGGAAUGGAAGCAUGUAACUCUUGUUGGUUGGUAUCAUUCACAUCCCAGAUCGCAUGCUUCGCCAUCUCUCAGAGAUGUUGACGCUCAAUUAGAUUAUCAAAUUAAAAUGAAAGGACCUAGUGAUAACAGUUACAUGCCUUGCGUUGGUUUAAUAUGCUCUCCUUACAACAUGGAUGGUAAUUGCUAUGAAUCAAAUUUUAACGUCUUUUGGUCACUGCCACCUCCUGAAAAUCGACCUCAUGAAUAUCCACGUCCUAUGCUUCUUAGCUAUACUUUAUCUCAAGAACAUUUUCUUGCUCAGGAUACAUUAGAAGAAAUAAGACGAUGCAUAGAAUAUUAUAGGAGCGAAGGAGGUAUUGAUUUUACUGCUAAUUUUAAUAACAAUACUACAUACCUUGAACGUUUAAGAUGUUCUUUAGCAUCCAAAUUACCUGGACGUAAUCGUGCUAACGGAUCUUACUGGGAUGUAAUCAGAGAAAUGAUUUGUCCUGGUUCAAAAGAUGGGAAUACACCGGAAUUUCUUACGGUUAAAUUUCCACUUGUACCAGUAUCCGAGUCUCUUGUUCCUCCGGUCCCACCUGGUGUUAGUCUUCCAACUUACAACGCAGCAGUCUUUCUAGCACCUGUAAACUUUAAACCAGACAGUGCGAUAAUUACACCUACAUCUAAACCAUUUGUCAUGCAACCGUCUACUUCUAGAGACAAUGUCAGAAAAGAUAGUGCUACAGGAACAGACACAGCAUCCAUAACACAAAUAAAAGAUGCGAAUACUGGUGUGUCUAAACAUAUGUCACCACCAGAAAUGAUUCGAAGUUUUCAAUCGGGUGAGCUAACGGUAUCAGUGAAGAACACAAAAUGCGAUUACGAUUUUCCAUCAACAGAUUUUUCCAAAUUACCCAAUCCUGUGGGAACUGAUAUUACGGGUAAUAAAACUCGGGCCUCAACUACCCCUGAUUUUCCUUUAACGGAUAUUACACACCAGAUAACUAAGUUUCAAGACUUUACGAAAUUAGCGAAUUUUUCUGCCGCCGAUUUAGCAAAGUUGUCCGGUUUUCCGAUGCCAGAUUUUUCAAGAACAUCUUCGCCCUCGCCAUCGGCAUAUAUGAGAAACAUAGCUAAUUUAUUCGGCCCUUUUGGUAAAGUUUCACCCGCGAGAGAGACAGAUGGUACGGAACGUAAAAUAAGUGAAUUUUCAAUCGGCGAAGUUACUCAGUCGCCAUUUAAACCUACGUCAGGAAACGUAGAUCUUGGAAAAAAUGUUUCUAUUAGUGCGGAGGAUUAUUCCAGUGGGAAAAAAUUAGACAUUCAAAAUGAUACUAAACUUGUUCGAUCCAACGAAUAUCAAGGAACUGAAGAUCUAUCCAAUUCUUCCAGUAUUAAAUCUGAUUUUGGUGGUAUGCUUGACAUGACCAAUUUACACAAGAAACAGCAAUCUCAAAUCGGUGAUAUAAAUGAUACGUCGCUUAAUUUAUCGAAGGAUCGUCAGUAAUUCUUAUAUUACAUCGAUCAAUUUAAUCUUGACGAUAAAGUACACGUGAACAUUGCGAAUGUUUAUAAUAGCAUUUCUCAA